GCUCGACCCAUAGUCAGUCAUUCCUCCGGGCAGUUUAAACCCUUCUGAGACCGCAAUGGUCACCAUGGAUAGUACGAAGUGCCUGUCUCUAGUAGAACAGAAGCGAAUUCAGUGGGCAAGAGAACGAGAAGAACUGGCGGGGAUGUGCGCCCCUUGGGGACUGCCAACUCGUGAAGGAGAACGGUACCGCACAUGUAUAAAAACCCGCUUCGUAUCGUCCACGAAAGACCUGGAACGUCAAGAACAGGACGAGGUAUGCCGUUCUUACGACUAUUCUGAGCUACAAGCUAAAGCGGCCAGGAUGGGGCGAAAACGCAGUCCAAGCCUCCCACCAAUCUACAACAGACCCGUCCCCACAUGUCAGGAUGAAGAGUUGAUGAGAAGUAGCCAGCAAUAUGAAAAUAAUAUUGAGCAGGAUGACGAAAGGGAAGGUGAGACCUCAGGAUACGCAAGUGAUUCAGGCGGUACUUCAAAUGAACGCAACAAUGACUACUGGAAGCAGCAGCGUCAGGAGAGAUAUCACCGCCAUGACAGCUGGACAAACAAUACUCAAACAUAUCACAAGGUGCCCAGACACUUGAACAAACAAGCACCCUGGAUACCCUCAAACAGGCGUUACGCGACUCCAGAUUCUGUCGUGUCCACACCCCCAUGUCGGCUGUGGUCAAGCGGAGGCAGUGAUGAAGUGAACAGACUGAGGUGGGGAGAUCGAGGGGUUGGAGUUGGACACUUGUGGGAACCAACGCUUCAUGAACCAGAUUCCAGGUUACCACAGGUGCAUGCUAGUGGUGGGGCUACACCAAGUUGGUUGGAAAGGGGCCUCAGUAAAAUCAGCAACUGUGAGUCUUCAAUUGGUUCGUCCACUCAAGUGUUAGUGAUCAACCAUGGCAGUCCAACACAGAGUCUUCUUAGCAGAGAGCUUGCUGAUAGUUGUGAUACUAUCAGUACUCCAUCACAAAGCGAGUGUAACAGAACAUUCAUACGAGGCCAAAAUGCACCACUGGAAGCAGAUGUAUUACUAGAAAGAGAGAGGAAGAGACAAAAGGCUCUAGAACACCAGAAUGCCAUUCGCUUACAGUUAGAGGAGAGAGAACGCACAAGAAAGGAAGAGAGAGAAAGAAGAAUAAGAGAGGAAAAAGAAGAGGAAGAAAGGAUAAAACGUGAACAAGAAAUAGAGAAAAAGAGAAUUGAAGAAGAACAAAGAUGGGUCAAAGAAAGAGAGGACAAAGAAGUUCGCAAAGCUGCAGCAAUGCGAGAGGCACUUGAGAACGCUGAGAAGAAGGCUAGAGAAGAGAAGAGUCGGGCAAGCCGGAAACAUGUGCUAGAAUCUAUUAAAGACAGUAGCAGUGCCAUUGCAAUUACAGACACACAUGAAAAUAAAAGUUGGUUUGACUCUAAUUCAACAGCUGAAAGUUCUGUAAUUGGUAACACAACUUCGACAAUACAAAAUACAACUCAGGUUAAAGAUUCUGUUACGAAUCUUUGCAAUGAUAUUUCCGUUUCUAAUCACGGUUCUAAGAAUGUGCCAAGAGAACAUGAAGAAGUUUUGAGAAUGCAUGAUGGAACACAAACUGGAGUUGAAACACAUAGUGAAGCUUUAUUAAUAGCUGCAGAGACAAUUGCUAUGCCUGCAGACGGACUAGCAGUAAUGUUAGGCAACACAACAGAGAAAUGUUCUCACGAUGUGUUACCAGCUGCAAGUGGAGGUGUUCAGUUAGCACUACUGAUGUCUCCUUCAUUACAACAACCCCUGGUGCUGGAUAAUAGACUUCUUACACCCAGCAAGUACCGAGCAAUGGGACAUGAGCGGGGAACUCAGACUGACUCAGAUAUUAAUACAAGAAGCAGAGGAAGAUGGGGAAAAGGAAAAGCUUACAGCCAAAUUAAAAGAAAGGACAGGAAAAAAUCUGCAAGUCUGGAGCGACCACAUCGAGGGUGCAAACUACCACUACGGUGUCGCUCACAAUCACAGCCAACACAACCCCGAAUGAGGCUGGAGGAUCGUCCCAAAUGGGGUGUUAACAGACCAGAGACUCAAUACAUCAAGCAAAGUGAAAAAGAUCCUUACUAUCAACGCCGUCUGAGACAAAAAUUGCUCAGGGCAACUCUGAUGGGUGGUGGAGACACUGGAACUGAAAGUGACACUGCUUCACACGGCAAACCCUGUCACACAAGAGGCAGUAGUGAUGAGAACAGCAGGUCUCCAUCUCCACAUCAAAGACCACGACAUUCAAAUAACGGAAACAACAAUAAGAAUGUUUACUUUCAUCAUAGGACAAGAAACUUUGACAGGAAUGCAAAUAAACUGGAUAAACAUGAAGACAGGUUUCUUAUGUCAGCUGCAGAGAAUGAACAAUUACAUAGUAAAGAUGUGUUAUUGAGAGACAGAAAUUAUGCUGUUGAUAUACCCAGAAAACAAGAGCAAAUGGUUGUUCCAUCACCAAAUAUUAAUCAACAUCUUACAGAAAAUACAAACAACAGAAAAGGUAUUUACCAGCACACUUCAAGCCACAGAAUGCCAUCAAAUGAAGCACAACACUUUUCAGUUAAAGGGUCCACACGUUUGUUGAACAGGCAGAAUGAGAUGCCUGUUAGAAUAUGCAGCGAUACAAAGGAACAAUGGUCAACAGCAAAAGAUAUCCUAUUACAACUGUCUUCACUUAAAAAGGGACUACUAAUGAAACAGCAAGAGUGGGACACAACUAGGAGCCACACUCCUUAUUCUGAAUCUUCAUGGAAAUCUUGAGAUAGAAUGCUGUCAAGCAGAACUCAGAUAUUUAAAAUUCCUACCUGCAGAAGACACUGUGCUGAAAGAGUUUGUUACAAGUGUGAUGACUGAUGCAGAUGAAUUAUAAGUUCAGGGUUAACAGGGUGACUAACAAGUUAAAAAUCAACUAAUAUAGCCUGUUUGUUUACUAUACUCCAGAAAACAAACACCAGUAACAAUUAUGCUGUAUUGUUAUUUUAUUUUAAUGAGUUUGAUUACAGAAAUUCUUGGAAUAAUUAUAUGUAUGAUAUUUCACCUUAAAGUGUGUCUUCAGAGAAGAAAUAUAUUAUGAAAGAAGUUUUGAAAAUAAAAGUGUGAUUAGAGACUUGG